CCAUCGCACACACGCACACCUUCAUCCCAUCUCAGCAGCCACAACUCUCAUCCACUCCAGUCUCCGGCUCCUCCUUUAUCAAGAUGCGCACAGUUUCUACCUUUGCUGUGGCUGCCUUGGCUGGAACUUCCAGCGUGGUGGCAUUCGCGCCUCCGUCCGCCCCGCUUCGGCCUGUGACCACGAGAAGCAGCAGCAGCGCCGCCCUGAAGAUGGUCUACAUCCCGGACGGGCUUUCGCCUGCGGAGUGGAAAAAGAUCAAGGACGCGGACAAGAAGAAGCAGGAGAACCUCGGCAAGUUGGGGCCUUCGAGGUUCAAGAGCCGCAGCUUCCAGGCAUGGCAAGAAUCGGGAGCUGGUCACCUGUUCCCUGUUGACCCGAAGAAGGUCAAGUCAGGCGAAAUUCCAAUGGACAAGGUGCCGUACAUGCAGAGGGGAGGUGCGUGGGACAACUCCGACCUCACCAGCAAGAAGGGGCAGGCUGCGAUGCGCGCGAGGAAGGACAAGGUUGUGUUGAACAACAAGGUCUCGAAGGGCGUGAAGCAGAAGGCGUGGUCCUCGACGGACAAGGCCUACGCAGCGGGUGGGUACAAGAAGGAGCAGAGCGUCUCCAUCUUCGGUGGAACUCCGCUUCCGUGGGUUUCCGGCGCCGCGCAGAAGUCCCCGGGGGUUGAGGUGGACAACAAGCGAAGGAUUAACGAGCAGAAGAAGGUGAAGAGGGCCGCCACGAACGCACCGAUGUCCGCCGCGGUCAAGCGACGCGUGGAGAAGGAGGCCGCAGAGGAGCGAAGGAAGCAGGAGAAGCUGAAGAAGCAGCUCAACGGCGAGAAGAAGGGUCUCUUCGGGAUGUGGUAGAACGGGAGACGGCGUGGCGUGUUUUUGGACGGCGUUUAAGGGGCAAUCAGGCAUCUAGACUGCUGUGCCCCCGUCGUUUCUUUGCAUCACAGCGGUAGCUGAGGUGGUAUCUAGCGCGGCUUGCGUGCAAUCAUUCUAAUUUUGAAUAGGAGCGCCUGUAGAGGUGAGGAGACUUCGGACUUUGUGCAGAGUGCGGUCGUUUUCUUGUGGUUGUUGCCGCGACCAAACUCUGGUUUUUGGGCUAGCGAGUGGUUCGGGAUGGCUUGUAACAAACACCCACGAACCCCACUUCUUGGGCGAGCGAUGGGUCUGAAGCGUCAUUUAUUUCUGGUACUUGAUGUUCUCACGCACUGAGAGUGAGUCCACAUCUGUCAUGUGUCGCGAUGAGGUCAAACUAGGGCCGUGACAUGAUGAAAGACUUCGUUACGUUAGUGCUGCCUGCGCGGCUGUGAGAUCCCUUUAAACGGCGUGCACGUUUGCUUCGAUGCAUGCCUCCAAUUUUGGCGGGAGUUGUCCUUUGGUGCCAUGGUCCUCACAUGUACUAAACAUGCGCAGCUCGAAAUCGUUUCAUGAUCUACAUAAGGAGUGACUCGGAAUCCACAGUUUUUGAAGCCGAAAUCACGCCGUGGGUAAUGUUUCCCGGCUGGCUGGGGUAGGCAAAACUCGAGUGUCCGCGUAGGUCGAAGAUCGACGGGAGAGUGGGAGGUGUAAAAAGCGGAAGGUUUGUAGAUUAGAUUAGGAGGCCUAUUUUCUAGCACUUCAGAUCGUGGGUGUCGAAUCGGAUGCGAUUAGGUACGAGGGUUUGGAUUGUGUGUUAGGAGGGAAGGAAGGGGUGGUGAGGUGUUAUGCGACGUCAGACAAUUUUUUGGGCCACAUGGAUUACAUAGACCAAAGAACGCAUGUUGGCGGUUUCUAUUUAUCAAAUCGGCCAGGGGUCACAUCUGAAGUUACGUGGGUUUUGCAGGACUCGUUGCCGUUUGUGUCACUCUGAUCAGCGACAGGAUGGAGAAUAGAGCAGUGUCUUUGGAACGAUCUCAUCGGAAUGUUAUCAUUUAACAAUCCAAAGUUUCUGCUCAUCACACCUUCGCCCCUUCAGACGACAAAUUGGUGAGGAAUUCAUCUGUCCUGUACCAGCCUCCUUGCUGAAGCCCCGAUUCGGGGCCUCACGGAAGAGUUACUUUUUGUGAGAGUGAUGUACUCUCAUGUUUGAACGCGAUAAUCAUCCUCUGAUGAUCUGAUGAUUUUAUUUUCUGAGUUCUUCUGAAUUCGGCGAGUGUACCGUUUUGAGC